AUGAGGUCACAAAGUUGGUAAACGGAGGCCUUAGUAGAUACCCUCUCCUAUAGGGAGUUUGGAUUAAGGUCUGUUUUAUUCACUAGGACAUACUUCACAGUGUGAUUUCUUUAUUCUGAAACAAAGGAACACAUUUUCAAAUAGUUUCUAUUGUGGCUUCAUUUAGACAUUGUGUUUCUUCUAGGAAGGGGGCACUCGUUGAAAAAUAAGUCUAGGUUUAGUUGAUUUUAUUGUUUUUAAUUGGUGAUGCCUCCAAGAAAAAGGAAAUCUCCUGAGAGGCCUGCAUCUUCAAAAUUCCUUGAAAGCUGGAGACCCCAUGUAAACAAUGUAAAGGAAAGAACAUCAGUUGGUUUGCCCAGUGUUAUCCCAAACUCUACAAGACGUGUGACCUUUGCACCUACUUUGCCUUCUAUGAAAUCGUCUCAGGAGAUAGGAGACUCUAGAAUAUCUCUAAAGACUCUUUUGAAUGCUAUUAAAACCAUGGAGGGAAGACUAGAAGGAAAAAUAGACAUUCUUGCCUCAAGACCAUUAAUAAAUGAUCCACCAAAUCUUAAACGGGAUUCGGUGAAAUCCAUUCUUGAAAAGAAUGAAGAGGCGCUCUCACAAACAGUGAAGUGUCGAGAUGCAGCCCUGAAAGAAAGCCAAAAGUUGAAAGAGGACCUGGAGGCUUUGGAGGACAGGGAGAGCAAGAAGGUGGGAAAUUUUCAGCGUCAAUUGGCAGAGGCCAAAGAAGACAAUUGCAAAGUUACAAUUAUGUUGGAGAAUGUGCUGGCUUCUCACAGUAAAAUGCAAGGAGCCUUGGAAAAAGUGCAAAUAGAGCUUGGGCGGAGGGAUUCAGAGAUUGCAGGCCUCAAGAAAGAAAGGGCUCUGAAUCAACAGAGAGUGCAGAAACUAGAAGCAGAAGUGGACCAGUGGCAGGCCAGAAUGCUUGUUGUGGAUUCCCAGCACAGUAGUGAGAUGGAGCCUCUACAAAAUGCUCUUGAUGUAGCUAGAGAAGACAAUAGGAAAUUGGCUAUGAGUCUGGAGCAAGCUCUCCAGACAAAUCAUCAUCUGCAAACAAAACUUGAUCAUGUUCAAGAGAAAUUGGAAAACAAAGAAUUUGAAAGACAAAAUUUGGAAACCUUCAAAGAACAGAUGGCUGAGGAAUCCAAAAUAGAAGCAGAAUUGCAUGCUGAACGCAUAGAAAGUCUAAAAAAACAGUUUCAAACUGAAAGAGAAGCUGUGAAGAAAGCAGCACAACGGGAAGUGACUGAGCUGAAGAAAGCCCUUGAUGAAGCCAACUUCAGAUCAGUGGAGGUGUCCCGGACCAACCGAGAACUGCGGCAGAAAGUUACAGAGCUAGAAAAGACACUGGACAGUAACAAGGAGAAAAUAAAGAAUCAAAAGGCUCAAAUUAAGCUCCACCUGUCAGCCAAGGCAAAUAAUGUGCAGAAUAUAGAAAGAAUGAAGCAAAUAGAAACAGAAUUGAGACAAAUGGAGCUAAUUAAGGAUCAAUAUCAGAAAAAAAACUAUGAACAGUCAUUGAGUAUUCAGAAAUUUGUAUUGGAAAUGUCUAACCUGCAGCAAGAGAUGCAGCUGUUGGCCAAGAGCCAAUAUGAUACCUCAGCACGGAAUAAACAGCAAGAACUGCGACUAGAGACAGAGCGGAAAAUAAGGCAGGAACUAGAGACUCGGUGCCAGGAAUUAGAAGAAACUAUCAGACACUUGAGGAAAUGUAAAGAAGUAACAGAGAAUAAACUGAAAGAGGCCAGUGCAGAAUCAGAACAGAUAACAGCUAACCUGGAAGAAGCUCACCGCUGGUUUAAGUGCAGGUUUGAUGGCCUACAACUUGAGCUGACAAAAAAUCGGUUGCAGAGGCUUCCCCGGGAUGGCAGGUGGUCAGACGAGGACCAAGAUAAAAAGCACGGUGUAAUACCCGGCCAGUCUGUGCUACACCGAUGGGAAAACAAGCAGAAUCUUAGACUUGCAUCCAAGAAACAUCACUCUGAACUAGACAGAAAGUGACAUCCUGGACAGAGGACCUUCCUCUUUGAUAGCUGCACCACCGUGAUUCCUCCAGCCCAGCAACCAGGGCUGCCCUGUUUCCACAGUUAGCAAAACAUGAAGUCUGUGAUGUGGGCUGAAGAUUUUGGACCCUUUCAUGAAUUCUUUAAUGUCAAUACAGAACCAUCCCACCUUUUUUGUUCCUUUCCCCACUUUCCACCCAAUAAAUUUAUAUUAAUUUGUUGUAUGAUAGGAAAUGCUGUUGCAAGAUGAUUGGC